GAGCGUCAACUGCCAAGAGUCGAGAGUGGCAACAAUAACAAGAAGAGCUUCGGCUUUCAUUUUCUACUGAUCAAAACACCAAUCCCUCAUUGCUAACAGAAAUUAAAAGAAACCAUCCCGGAUUCCCGACACAGAUAAAACUAUAAAACUAUAAAAUCCUCAUUUUCUUUCCACCACACAAAGAGAAAGGAAGGGAAGGGGGUAAAAAAGAUUCAUUCAGCCACGCUGCGAUUUUCCCUCAAUUUGCGACGAAUUUUCUCGCUAGGGUUUUGCGUCGGAGGAAAAUCGUAGGAACAUGGAUUGGGGGAACGUCACUGCGGAGGAUCUCGUCGAUGCUCUUCGCGAAGUAGAUUGGUCGUCGCCGCCGCGCCCUCUGUCCGAAUUCUUCUCCCGAUUCACCGUUCCUCGAUCCUAUGCCAAGUGGAAUAGCCGCCUAAAAUGCAAUCUUUACUACUAUCGGACCAACUACUUCAUUUGGAUUGUUUCUGUUCUGAUAUUGGGUUUUCUUUGGAGGCCACUUGCUAUAGUUGCUGCCAUUCUUACUGCACUUAGCACUGCUUUUCUAAAUGACAGUUUUGCAGGUACUUUUAGUGAAAAGGUUACACGAACUGUCAGGCAAUUCUCGCCACAUUUAGCAGCCAAGAUGAGACCUCCCCUUACGCCUGUUAUCCGUGGACGUCCAUCGGCUAGGAGAGCAAUUUAUAUAUGUGGUCAGCCACGUUGGGUGUUUGUCUUGACAUUUUCUGCUGCAUCUUUCUUCUUUUGGUUUAUUUCCUGUGGUCUCCUAAUGGUUUCAUGGGCACUUGCUAUUGGUCUUCUAGCCACCAUCCUGCAUGCAAGCUUCCGAACACCUAACUUGAAAGCACGACUAAACACUUUCCGUGAAGAAUUUCGUGCAGUGUGGCGCAAUUAUAGUGAGCUGUAGUUUGCAGUUUGUUUUCUCGAUGUGUUUGGCAGAUGCAGCGGAAUUCAGGUGUUUGGCAGAUGCAGCGGCUAAUAUUACUUGGAUCGAAAAUAUGUUCAAAAAUCUUAAGAUCUCUUCUUCAGUCCUACCAACCAUCUUUUGCGAUAACUUGAGUGCUGUGUUGUUGGCGGCUAAUCCGAUUCUUCAUAGCCGUUCCAAGCAUUUUGAAGUGGACCUUCAUUUUGUUCGAGACAAAGUCAAGAAGAAGCAGCUAGUUGUGGUUCACAUCCCAGUAGUAUUGCAAGUUGCUGAUCUUUUAACUAAGCCAGUUUCCUUGGCACUCUUUCAUAAUUUUAGAAACAAACUCAGACUCCAACUUUUGGAAGUCAAGAGUUUGAGAAGGGGUGUAAAUGAUAAAAAUAAGUUACAAAAAAGGUCAGUAAGUGAUAAUAGAUAAAGUGGUAAUUAUAAUUCUAUUAGUGGUAAUUUAAGUUUAGAAUCUUGAGUAUGUAUAUUGUGUGGUUUGGUUUAUUUGGUUGCCUAUAAAAGGCCUUCUGCAUCUAUUGUAAAGGGGAAUGAGGAGUCACAAUAGAAGAUUUUAUUUUCGUUCAAA